UUAAAUAUUAAACUGGCAGGGUUACAAUUAAUUGGUUCAUACUCAUCAGAUUCUGAUGAAGAUGAAAAAAUUAUAAUUAAUAAACCAAAAUCUCAAAUUUUACCAUUACCCAAAGAUAUUGCAAAUUGGAAAGGUGUUCAGUAUGUUGAAGAAAAUAUUGAUGUACCAGAUAAUCAUGAUGGGAGAAUCAGAAGUUUUCAACAUGAACGAGGAAACUGGGCAACACUCGUUUACAUUAAUUAUGAACCUGGUGAAGCUUUAUCAUCCUGGAUGACAUCAAUCAACAAAAUACUACCAAAUGCUAAUUUAAUUAUCAAUCAAUGUCAUAUCAGUUUAUCAAGAACUCUAGUAUUGAAAUAUCAUUGGAUUGAUUCAUUUGUAAAUAGUCUAAAAAAAUUAUGUCAAUCAACUGAUAAAUUUAGCCUUGAUAUUGGUAAUUUAAAAAUAUAUACAAAUGAAGAAAAAACAAGAACAUUUUUAGGUAUACAAUGUCAUAAUUAUGAUAAUAAAUUAAAGGGUUUUAUGGAUUCAUUUAGUAAAAUUCUUGAUGAUUAUAAAUUACCACAAUUUUAUCAGGAAGCAUCAUAUCACAUUAGUUUUUUAUGGCAACUUGGUAAUGAAGUAGAUAAUAUUGAAAAAUAUUUGCCAUCAUUAAAUGAUAGUUUACAUGAUGUAUUAACAAAAACAAUUGAUCAAAAUCACAUUGACGUUGAUGAAAUACAGUGUAAAAUUGGAAAUAAAUUAUACAAAUUUCCAUUAAGAAGAUAAUAUUAUAUUUUAUAAUAAAACAACAAUAAAAAAAUCAAAUAAUUUAUAAAGGUACAAG